AUGAAGAUCACAGUGAUGACACCCGACGAGCAGUUUAUCACAUUAGACGUCGAUGCCGACGAAUCGGUAUGAUUACCCCUUAAUUUGACUGUUGAGGAUUCAUUGGUUUUCAUGCGCCGAAUUUGGUUGUUUCUCCGGAGCUUGGUUUCUGGUUUACUCAGGUUAAUGUUUUCUCGUCGUGAGAUUAAUGUAUCCUCUUAUACAGGUCGAGAAUGUCAAAGCUCUGCUCGAGGUAGAGGUGAGACCCCGGCAACUUUUUGGGCCUCCUUUUUUCACUAAUAUUUUUCUGUGGCCUAAGUAUUUUUUGAACUGCAGACGGGGGUAUCAACUCAACAACAGCAGUUGCAUUUCAGUGGAAAAGAGAUGAGGAACUCCGAUUCCCUCAGCACAAUUGGAGUGAAAGAGGGGGACUUGCUGAUGAUGCUUUCUUUGGCUUCUUCUCGGUACUUAAUCUUCUAUACGUACUUUUUUAUCCCUUCUUAUGAUGUAUAUGACCUGGUUAACUUGAAAUAUCUGAUAUCAUUCAUUGGAAAUAAUUCUAUUCAUUAAUUUGUAAUCGAGGAUGCUUGGCCAUGGUUUACAAUGGUCGGCUUCUUGUAUGAGGCAUGCUAUGUUGGAAUAUGUCGAUAAUUAGGAUAAUAAACGGAGUCUUAAUAUUUUCCCCUGUGGGACACUUUGUAGGAGAACUAAACUGCGAGGAUAUGUAUACCAGAGCUUUCGAAGAGAAGCGUGAGGAACUUUGGAUGAUUCAAUUUAGUUGGUUUUCCAGGUUUUCUGUUUGAUCAAGCUUCAUCUAACGUAGGGAUUAAAUUCAAAAGAAUAAGACUUUGGGUUGUUAAGGUUCAUCAUCUUGUAAGGAUGAAGAGAGGCUUGCUAUGUCAGAGUAGGAGCUUGCUGUGUCCCAUUGUCCUGGCUCUCUUCGUUGAGUGGUAUGAAGAGAAAGGCUGGCAGCAGGGCUUGGCUAUUGCUUAAGCUUGAACUAUUCAUAAACCUUGGGUGGUGGGCCAUGACUUUUCAGCCAUCCAGCCCUUUAAGGAUGCGGUGAUUAACAUUAACUGCCAUGGUUGCAGGAGUAUGUGUGACAGUUGUGAUCUCUUUAGUUUGUCUGCACCCACAUAAUGUGUUGCUGUGUUGGGGGAAGAUGAAAAACUGAUGUUGAUUGAACCUGGCAUGGCUGAUGGUGAUAGUGUGGGACUGAGUUGAAAUUUGUAGUGCAGAACUAUACUUUACAAACUAAAAAAGCUCGCUGAUAGUCUAGAUGGGUCUCAUGCUAAGUGUUCUGAAUUUAUUUUUUUCCGCUGCCUGCAUGAUCCAGAGGGAGCUGGAGUUCAAAUAAAUAGGUAGACUAGGAAAUGGAAAUUGUGAUUGGAUGACGAGGGAUAAACUAUUUGAUUGCGUGAAUCAAAUAGUGCUCGUUGAGUUAACUGCAUGGAAAUUAACACCAGACAAUGCACGAUUAUUCUGAUAAUUUCUUUUUUAAAACUUUCUGUUACAUUGACAGUUUUUAUGCGAUGGUUACGCUUUUCUGAUUGGACUCUUUCAGGGUGUCUGACAAUGAUUUGAGUUUCAAUCCUGAUGGUUCCGCAGUGAACCCUGGGGCAUUGCAGCGACAUAUUCAGAGUAAUUCUCAGAUGAUGGCCCAAUUACUUCAGGUAGACUCAUGGCUUUAUAACACUUUAUUGUUAAUUAUUGAAGAUUUUUGUUCAGUUGGCCUCCCCACCAUAAGAACUAAACCCCUGGAUAUGUUGCAUUUGUUCCCGUAACCUCAUUACAUUAAGUUACUCAUUUUUUUGCAUUCUCCCCUCAAUUUUGCAAUGUACUGAACCCGUAUACUACUUAGAACAAACUGAUUUUUUUCUGUGAAAAUGCUCUGAAGUUGUUACCCAGUUGGAUAACGGUGGAGUGGUCUAAUUGGGUUGUGGCAGUGAUGAAUACACUUACAGUGCAUAGGAAAUCCGUUUUAUCGUCAAACAUUGUUAUGAUUAUGUAUGAUGAACGAGUGUUGCUACAUCUCCUGGUAUAUGAGUAUGCAGAUAUCGAAGUGACUCAUUCUCGUUUGAAGUUUUUUUGCUCUUGCUAUGUUGAGGCUUUUCCACAUUUCCAAUCAGGAUACGACUACAUCAUCACUGUAGAUGGUGAUGCAAGACCGUGGCUCUAGAUGAAAGUUUUCAAUUACUCUUCAAGGCCGGCAGAAGAAUUUUUUGUUACAGUGAUCUAUUUUCAGGACGAACCUUUAGGAAAAACGGGAUGGAGGUCUUCUUAGCCUAUUCGUGGAGCUAAUUGUAUAUGUAAGAGUUGCAUUUGUGGUAAUGGAAAUAGGAGAAUUGGACUAGGUUCAUAGUAAGGUCAAUCAACAUCAUUAUGAAUGAAUGAACUGCGUACUAGAUGAGACAUUAGAUCUGGGGACUCCAUCUCGAUUGAAAUUUCAGAUGCUAAGGUGGAGAAAUUUACUUUCAUAUAUUGACAUAGCAAAAACUGGGGAUGAUGCUGUACCUUGAAUAUAUAACGAAAUACGGAAUCUUUGAAUCCACAAGGAGCAACUUUCAGAAUCUUUAAAUUCACAAUGAUUGAUAGGUGAUCUUUGAAUCCAUGCACUUGGAGAGAGAAGGAUAUAAAUGAUCUUUCUGAUUCAAAAAAAAAAUCAUCUGCAGUACAUGUUUCUUUAAAUAGGGAAAAAUGUUUGUAGAUUUCCUAAGCAAUAAAUCUACUAAAGAAAUCUCUAAAAACUAUGAUUUACUAGAUAACAAGAAGCACAUACUAACCCUACAAAAAGAAAAUACAUCUCAACUUUAUGGGGCACCUAAAUGACUCCAUUGGGCUCAUCUUCAUUUUAUCCGUUAGGACUUUCUAGGCUGCACGUUUCGGGCCUCUUUCAUUUCUUUUGACUCUGUUUUGCAUCAUAUAUUCCCAUGCCUGAUUGACCAGUUCGUCAUUUGAGUAACUUCAACACUUCCUAGAAUCUGUGUGCAAUGGUUUUUCUUUUUGAAUUUUGUUUUUCGGGGUAGGGGAUGCAUUGACAAGUAGGAGGAAGAAAUGAUUCACCUUUUCUGGGGACGCUCUUGACAGAUCGACAAAACCUCUUCAUAACAGUAAGCAUAAAUUGGCACUUCUUGGCACUUUCGUAGGAAUUAUGGGAUAAGUUGAAAAUCCCAAUAGGUUUUCAUAGAUAAUUGAAAUUAUGGUGACUUAUCCUCUUCCAUAUCACUCUUUGGAUCAUUUUGAAGGAUCACUUAUUAGGAAAUUAAUGGCAGUUAUUUCAGAGUGGAUUACAUGGUUAGGUACAGUCUAUUAUAUGUUUUUCAUAUUUGAUGCAUAUGUGGUACUUUUUACUUUCAAAAGAGGUAUGCAAACCCGUAACAGUAGAUCUCUAAUGUUUGCUGUUUUAGAAAUAUUGUUUUCUUCAUCUUUACGCUCUUUCCUUAGCCAACAUUUUCAUAAUGUUGGCUGCAUUUGUACUGAGUUCAGAAUGACCCAACGCUUGCACAAGUUAUCCUUGGAAAUGAUCUGGACGUCUUGCAAAAUCUUUUGCGAGAGCGUCAUCAACAAAAAUUGGCAUUGCAACGUGAGCAAGAGGAAGAGCUGGUAGGUGGCUUAUUGUGGAAUAGAUAACGUGCUGUUCUUUACAUGCCUUUGGAUGAUGUAGCAUAUUAAUUCAUCUUUAUUUUCUGAGAUACUUUUCUAUCUUUUAUUUUAAUUUAUGCUGGUCAUGUUAUCAUUUUCAGGCUCUAAUGUAUGCAGACCCUCUAAAUGUUGAAACUCAGAAAAAAAUUGAAGCUGCUAUUCGGCAGGUUAGUUUCAUCGUUCUCUUUGGUUUUCAAUUAUGAUUAAUCACUUUACAUGUAGUAGCAUUUUGAAUGAUGUAAUUUUAGGAGAUUUUUCUUUCUUAAUAGAAGACAUCUAUUUUUGCAUCAAUAUCCACAGUGAAUGUUACCCGAAGGAUAGUUUAUUUUAUUUAUACUUUUUUAUAACCUGUUUGAGGUGUACAACUACAGUCUGUGUCGUACUCAAUUUAUUUUUUCUGUUUGAGGUGUACAACAAACUCAUGUGUGUAGCAUGACUACAUUGGAAGAAACUCCCUCCAGUUAAUAUUUGUAUGUGUCUUUAGUUUUUUAGAAGCAAUGCAAAUGUGAUAUUUCUCGAAGUGAAAAUCUUGUAAUAAAAGACUGUUGAAACAUUCAAAGACUAAAAAUUUUGGUGACUACAAGAGCUCGACUUCUCAAAAGAAACGUUGUUGUCAAUGUUUGAGGAUACCUCUCACCUCAGUCCCAGGAAAAAAAUGAGAACGAAAUGAAAUGCAUGAAAACCUGGCUUUCUGAUUAAGGAAAGAUGAAUAUUUCCUAGCCCUCACUAUGCUGAGCUUCACAAGAAUAAAAUAUUGGUGCUAUGGCAAAAUCUCUUUACCGUUUACUAUUUAAUGAUCUAUCUUAUAUGAUGUACCAAGCAAGCUUCUUUGGAGAAUUUGACUAGUUAUCAGUAUUCUUAUAAUGGCUGUUAUCACUAUUCUUCUUUUCCAGAAAGGAAUUGAUGAAAAUUGGGAGGCAGCAUUGGAGCACAAUCCUGAAGCUUUUGCUCGAGUGGUCUGUUUUGUUCAUCCUCUGUUUUAAUAGCCUGGCUGCACCAUAUCUUUAAUUUUAGGUUUCUGCCUCUUCUGUAGGUUAUGCUAUAUGUGGAUAUGGAAGUUAAUGGAGUACCUCUAAAGGUUUCUCUCUCUCUCUCUCUCUCUCUCUCUCUCUCUCGCUGGCUCUAGAAUUUAGAAACAUUGUUGUGUCCAUGUGUUUUUCUUUUUAACAAAUACAGUGGCUACAUAGAUAUGUUAACUGUGGAAAACUUUUAAAACGUUUGAAUUCCAAGUUGAUCAACAACCACAAAGGAGAUUCAUGCCAAAAUAAACUAGCAGGCAAACUUUUUCAUGAUCCUUUGUUUAUCAUACUUAAAAUAAUCAUUUUAUCAUUUCGAUCCUUAGUUAGUUCCAGCUAUGGAUCCAGAAUCCCCCUCUUAGAGUUUGUAAAAGAGGUGGAUUUGACUACCAUAGAAGGCCAAGGGUCUUCAGUAGCUUCCGUCUUGUAUCCAUAAGAACUGAGGAAGUGAUUCGAGUCCUUGGUUCUCAUUGUGCAAUAAAAAGAUCAGGGGCUUCUUAUGCAUACGAAAAUGAGGUCUGAGGAAUGUCUGAAGGUAGAUAUUGGGAAGGUUUGAAAGAGUUUCCACUUGAUUGCUGCGAGUGCAGUUGAUCCAUUCUUCCAAGCAUCUGAUCAAAAGGUGAUAUAGUUCUCACGAUCAAGUCCUUGAGCAGGACAGGCCCAUUCAACUCAUCAUCAGCUGAUAGUGGACUCCAUUUCAACUAUAGAACUUUGAAAUGAUAUAGUUAUCUGUUACUCAUGCCUCAAUUUUAAUGAAUCAGGUAAUCUUUAACUUAAUUCAUCAUCAUCGUUUCUAGCAGAGGGAUUUACUUGUUGGGCUUUAAUCAAAGUCGUGGAGGAUGCCUACCAUCACCAAAAGAAACAAUCAAUGUUUAGGAUAGGAGGUGGUACUCAUGGGGAUGCAUGGAGUUGGUAUGCUGCAGUGAAGAAGGGAUCACUGAUGGAGAUGCAUCCAUAUCAGUUCCAACCUAAAUUGAAGAAGGGAUUACUGAUGGAGCUGCAUCCAUGUCAGUUCCAACCUAAAUUGACCAAGUCCAAAUUAGACGAGUGUUGAUAAAACUCAUUGUAGAAACCAUAAAUUAACUCAAAGGAUUUAAGUGUGCAAUAUGACUAAUGUAAUGUGCACUGAAGAUUAAAACUUGAACUGAUUUAGUUCAUAUGCAUUAUUCAGAUUUUCAGUGAGUUGAUAAUGGUUUGAGAUGGAUAAAGUUACCCGCUUGUGUGAAUUUUAUUUGCAUGUCCUGGCAUCCAUUCAAAUCAGCUUGUAGCAUAUCGAAUGUAUGUUGCUGGAUCUGGGCGUAUGUGCCUUCUGUGUGUUCUCCUGCAGCACGUGUGCCCACCAUACAUGCACCUGCACCUGCUGGCAUGUCAUGCCCACUUCUAAACGUUGCCGGCGUGUCUGCACUACGCCCUCCACAGAACAUGUGCCUGUACGUGCACCUGCGAUGGUGUGCUCACCUAAAUGUUUCCAGAUGGCUUCUUUUAUAUUCGUUUCUUUACUUUUGAAGAAGCCUGAAUGUGCUCAUUGGCUAAUUUAGUUGGAUUUUUCUCAUUCAGAAGAAUAUUUUCAAUAGAUUGGGCUGUGAUGCUACAUCUGUUUCUAAUGUAGGCAUUUGUUGACAGUGGAGCACAGUCGACAAUCAUCUCAAAAAGUUGUGCAGAGCGCUGCGGGUAUGCUCCUACUUUCCUGACAGUGUUGUGCUUAAAAUUUUUUUUUAGCAAUGCUUAUGAUUUAUCCUAUGCGAAAAUUGUCUGUUCUUAAAAGCGAAAGUAAUCAGAACCAUUUCUUGUACUGUAGCAAGUGUAUCAGCAGCUUUUCUGUUUAGUUUUUCUUGUCAGAGUUAUGCUCAAAAUCUGCAGACAGCUAACCUCUUUGUUUAUCUGUCUAGUUGCUUCUUUGGACUGGGAUUUUAUGUGUUUGUUUAAGUGUAAGUGCUGUAUGAAUUCCUCGUUUGACUGAUGGGAGAAGGCUUAUUAAUUUUUGGCGAAACUCCUGUCUUGUAAUUUUUCCUUAGAAAUUGGACACUAACAAGCUGAAUUACCAGUGAGAUGAACCCUGGAGUUUUAUUACACCCGGUUAACAGUAACCAGUGAUGUAAUGUGGUUGACAUUGUAUGGUGAUCACAGUUUUUGAAACGCUGCGACCUUUGAAUUUGAGUUUUCUAGCUCGGUGCACAGCGAAAAUCCUUGGGAAUCAUCGCAAAACGGAUCUCUUACUUCUGACACAAUAGCUCUUAUUUUUAUCUCAAAGAUAAUGGAAAUUAAGUGCAUAACUGAACGAACCAUGUUCUUGUCCAUUUUCUUCGACUUACACUGUUUGCAUUGCUUUUGAAAGUUCUGUUACUUUAAUCAUUGCCCUUGUUGAUAUUUAACCGUUCUACCACUAGUCCUUGCAGAAACUCAUCAAAGUAUCUUUCUAAAUUUUCCUAGACUACUGAGGCUUUUGGACCAGAGAUACAAAGGAAUUGCAGUUGGAGUUGGCCAAUCAGAGAUAUUGGGACGAAUUCAUGUGGCUCCACUUAAGGUAAUACUUUCCGCAGUUCAACUAUAUCCAUCGUCUCUGUAUUUAUGCUGAUACAUAUGUUCCUGGGCAAACAACAUUUUCCAGGCCAUUUUUUUUUGUAGUGUGGAUUAUUACAUAAUUGAACUUGCCAAGUCCUUGUCUAAUACUACUUCUGCCACUUCCCUAUCGAGGUUUACAAACUAGAAAAAUGUUGUUGGUAUCUGAUAUCUCCCCAAGUUGGGUCAGCCAUGCAUACCCGGUCUAGAUGAGAAAGAACAAAGAAGAAAACGUGUAAAGAUCAACUUUUCUUCUUAAGUACUCUCUUGCAGUGGAAAAUGGCACCAGCUCAUAGGUUUGGUGUGAAUCAAAGCCCGGCAUGUUGAAUGCUGAAGUAGAAGCUGCCCAUAUUCAUGUUCAAGCAAUUUUUUGGUUUAAAAGCUUUUCGAAGAGGAUUACAUAGGUUAAAAAUUUGUGUUAGAAAAUUAUAUCUAUCAGGAUUACUCUUUCUAUGAUUUAGUUGUGAGGCAAGCAUGUAACCAUUGGGACGCUGGUAAGGCUGCAGAAAAUUUGAUCUGGACCCUUAUUCUAUCUGUAUACCAUGUUCUGUGGAUGUAAGAAUUCUGGAAGUUAUAACUUGGGAGGAGGGAUGUCCCCAUCGUGCACAGAGUUCUUGGCUGGUGCUGCAGUGCGACUUUACGGUAUUGUAGAUACGUUACUGGAGUUGAUAUUUAGAAUAGAACUAUUGAUAUGAGAUGAUAUAGUGUAUUCAAGCAUACACAAGUCAAUAUAUAUGCUUGUCAUUGCUUUCUGGUCACCGUUUUUAUUAUUCUGAAACUGCCCGUGUCUGAUUGGUAAUAGAGCCAAGAGUGGAAUCUGUCAGUUUUACCCGUCCAUAUCUACCUAUUGUCAUCCCCAUUAAUCAUGAAUGUUGAACUUUCUAGGAUUGUUUUUCCUUUUUUAUAUGUUUCUUUUCCAUUGUAUUUUCGUCCUUUCCUGUCAUUCCCUGUGUUAAGUGGAUCCAUUAGACUGUUAACGGAUCCACUUAAAGACUAAUCUAAUGGGCCUGGCACAUUAACUCAUGUGACCGGUACUUAAGCGGGAAACCAUGAUAAUUGACGUAUUCAAUUUCGGAGUGAGGAAAUCCUGCUCCAAGAAGUGGUGACUGGUUCAUCUUCCUGGAAGAAGAGGAUUGUGAAGAUUGACUCCUUUCAUUCUCCAAGUUGCAUGAAACUCAAUCAAGAUCAAUUGUCAACAAUGACCAAUUCAUGGGAUCUUGCCAUCUGCCGGUGUCCUUAUCUUGGUACUGCUAUGGACUCCCUAUGAAGACUUGGGAAACAUCAUAGGCCAGGUUGUUAGAUUUACACAAUAAGGCAGCAUACUUAACGCUGUAUAAGUCGAAUCCUGGUCGUCUGCUCUCAAGUGACUCUGAUUUCCCCCGUGUCUUUGGCCAGUCAGAUAUAAAUUUCCCAGCCUGGAGUGGGUAUGAUUAACAGUACCCAGACUUUGGUCAUAUCACUGCAAAAUCUAAGGGGAGAUCAUUGACCAAUUUUUUCCCUUUUUAAAUUUGCGAUUGUAGUAAUUAAAGACAAAAAACCUAAUGAUAUGUCUGUAAACUCGGUCACAAAAUGGGGAUCUCAUGUCCGUCGAGAUGGAUAUUACUGUAGGAUUAAUGCCUGUGCGUAUGGAUGUUAAAGUCGAGUGUGUGUGUGUGUGUGUGUGUGUGUGUGUGUGUGUGAAUGUAAAAGAUUGAGAAAAAAUGAAGCAGAGCUCCCUUUAGCUGCUGUACCUCCUUGGAGCCAAGAUGGGCCACUUGCUGGUGGCAGUCCCCACCGUGCUGCUUUCUUCGCUUUAAAGCGUGACCUCUAAAAUAUAGUGCAUGGAUUUUUGUGGUAAUAUUCUGCUUAUCCUCUUUGGCACGCUUGAGGGUGCAAUUGUUCACGUCCUACAUGGAUUUUGUCACUAUCAUGAUCCUCCCAUCUUCUGGGUAUAUUGUUUGAUUCACUGAGAAUAAGAAGAGUUCAUGUUUGGUGACAGCUCCCCAUUGAAAACUAUUCGGCUGUAGCAUUUUUUGAGACGGUAAAGAAAGAUUCAUCCUCUUAUUCUCUUUGACUUUCUAAAAAGUCAAUCGGGCUCUUACUCAUUUCCACUCCUUUUUUUCUUUUUCAAGUAAAAAUUUCAGAUAAAUGAAGAUCAUGUGCUCCUUUUUAUCUUCACUGGUGACAUGAUUUUACUUUUAUUUCAUAUUAUUAUUGGGAACCAUGUAUGAAUGUGUGCUUUUGAUUUUUUAUAGAUUGGAAAUAUUUUCUACACAUGUUCCUUCACCGUACUCGAUGCUUCCAAUGUGGAUUUUCUCUUUGGUCUCGAUAUGCUUCGGAAGCAUCAGGUAAUAACUUCUACGCAGCCUGAGCUCUGGAUAUCUUAUUGCUCUUUCCAGAACAAAACUGAUGUCUCCUUCUGGUGUAGUGUAUAAUCGACCUAAAGGAGAACGUCCUAAGAGUCGGUGGAGGGGAAGUUUCUGUGCCAUUUUUACAAGGUCGUUUCAUUUCCCCAUUCGUAUGUCUAGUUCUGCAUAAAUGCUGGCUUGCCCACACUAAUUCUCGAAUCAACUGGCCGAUUCAUUUUCCAUUUACUCCACCCGCAAAGGGAAUCACAUGAUGUUGGCUGAUUCGCCAUGCAAUCUAUGAAACCUGUUUUUUUUUUUUUUUUUCAACUAUAAAUCCCUUCGAUAACAUAUUUGGUAAACUAUUAUUUUGUAUUGAAAAACGAUUGCUUUCAUGCAUUAUCCUAAAGAGAAGAGUCUUUCCAGAAGUUCACGAUGGAAGUUUAUAUUCUUUUCAGAGAAAGACCUCCCAUCAGAUAUCCGUGAUAAAGAAAGUUAUUCUAAACAAGCUCCCGCCGCCCAAGGAUCAGAUGCUGUGAGCACCUCCAAUCCGUGAAUCUACCAUUCUCUUCUGUUUUGGCUAGUUACUCUGUUUAUUUCUUGGUAUUUUCCCUGCUUUAUGAUCUUGAUUUGUCUGAAUGGCGGGCUGUUCUGCAUCAUCUCAUUUAAUGUGUGGAACUUCAUGAAUUUAAAUUAUAGAAACUUUUUCGUCUCAUAAACAAUGUCAAAUUAAUUUACGCAUCCAGGGAAUAAAAUAAAAGAGGAAGAUUUUCUUUUGAAGAAGAAAAACAUCUUCCCCUGCCACAUGGGUUUAGAGGUAGGUUCAGUCUGGGCUGGUUUUUUUUUGAAAUCACUGUGUUUCACAGACUGUUCUUGAAUCAUAAAAAUGCAUAGAAGUCGAAGGUUUUGGUUUGAUAUCUGUUGGUCCUCCUCCAGAUUAUGGUAGGCUUUAUUCCUAUAUCUUGUUCCUGAGGAGUUGUAUGAUGAUUUUAUUUAUUUAUUUAUUUAUUUUGGAAAAUACAGUCGUAUUUAUUUAUUCCUAUGAAAAUUCAUCAACCUUCCAAACGAUGUAUGAAACUUGGACUUUUAGAUGCAAGAUUUAUUUGUGGUAGCCUCUUGCGAGACUUACCAUGCCCUGUCAUCAUCCCGAAACCGAUGGUCUCUUAUGUUUCCUGAUCAUGCUGGGACAACUCCCCAGAAUGAGAAUCACACUGCUGAUGAUAUUAUUUUCUCUUCCUUUAAUAAUUUCUCUCAUGAAUUUUCAGGGGACAUCUGGAAGCCCGCAUCCAUCGCCUCAGUUCCAGCCUCAAAGUCAACCUUCUGGUCAGCCUUUAUCAUCCUUCUCUCACCUCAUGCUUUCUAAUGACUUGGGGUUGAGGAAAUCUGAGUCACUCUGCAGAACCACUUCACCAGAGCUGCCCCCCCAUGGAAAAAAAUUAAGUGAACCCAUAGAUAGUCAAUUAAUAUUGAACUAAAUUCCGCAUUGGAAAUCAUUAAAAAAAACACCUUAUGAAUGCAUAAAUGGGCAUCGAUAUAAUCUCGAGGUGAAUAGUCAAAGCCAUUUUCCCUCUCUAGGAGGGGGGAUGAAGAUUCUACUUAGUUCCUUGUUCUAGAAUCCGCUCUCUUGACCACUUAAUGAUGACUCAUCCUACUUCUUUUCUAUUUUCUCAGGAAGAUCUUCCAGCUCCCAAUCACUGGUAAAAUUCUCAUCGACAUCAGAUUCCUCGCCUUUCUUAAAUAACUUUUUUUUUUUUUUGGUUGAAAUUGAGAAGAUCUUGAUCUGCCCAUGAGAAUUCAGAUCUCUUUUCUUGUAUGUGGCCCUUAUUAAUGACAUCAUUACAGGAUGAAGGCAAGAUCAGGAAGCUGGUAGAGCUCGGAUUUGGGCGUGAGGCGGUGAUCCAGGCCCUCAAGCUCUUCAACGGCAACGAAGAACAGGCAGCAGGGUUUCUCUUUGGUGGGUGA